AGGAGGGGGCGGGAGGUUGGCCCGCAGCUGGCCCAGGGUGGCGGGGAGGGGAAGGGUCCGGCGUCGGCAGCCCGCAUUCCCCCUUUCCCCCUCCUCCGCCGCUCCUCAGGCCGCACCGCCUCCAGAGCCCCUUCCCGGGCCCGGCGACGCCGGACUGGGGCCCCGGGGCUCGGCCGGCAGUGGGGGAGGGGGCUGCCUGGUCUCGGCCCCUGAGAGGGGAGGGGCGACAGUUUCUGUCCGCCGAGCUGAAGGGGUUUAAAGGGCGGCUCUUAAAGGGACCGCAGAAGGGGCCCGGGGCCGAGGAGGCACCCCCUCCCCAUCCGCCUGCUGUCGCUCUCGCGCGGGGUCGCUGGGCCGAGGGGGGGAUGCAGAGGAAGCAAACACUGGUCGCGGCCGCUAAGGGGCCAGAGCCCCGGCUAGUGGGGUUGGGCCCGAGGUGGCCGGCCAGCCGGGGGUCUGGGCUGGUGUGGUGAGCGCGGACGAGCGGAGUUGGGGGAGAGGGGAUGGGCCUGGGGAGGAGAGGGUUAAAGGUGGGGCCAGCCGUACAAAUACGCGCACACACUCCUUACUCAGACCCGGUCACACGCGUUUCCCUGGCACUUAAGGCGGGGCAGUGUUGGGGCCUGGGCCUGGGCCCUCUCCACCCCAGGCUCCUGCUGCCCGAUUUUGGGAGGUCGCGGACCCCACUGCUUCAACUCACACCUCGGGAGCCCCCUCUCCUACGCGCACACACGCUCUGGCGCGCGCGCACACACCUCGGACAUUCCCAUAGUGCCUCACGUGACACACGGCCCCGAACGUGCCCACCCUUCACACACGCUCACGCACGCGUGCACACACGCGCACACAAACACACACGGCCUCCUGGCCACUUCCCCACCCUCCGACCCCCCGCACCGCCCGCCCGCAGCCCCGCUAAAGCACUCAUUGACUGUGACACACCUACACUCAUUCACAGACACACACAUUCCCCCCACACAUGCCAACCACAGACACACAUUCAUAAACAGGGCCAGGAAAAGUACACACGCACCCCCUCGCCUACUCUUUCGGGAGCCCUGAGUCAUUCCUGCCCCCUCUCAGGGCUCCCCAUUUCCCUGUGUGCAGGCACACAGGCCGGGCUUCGGAAUUCUCUGUCAGCCCUCUCCACCUGCGCCGGGCCCUCUCCCAGAGCCCCCUUCCCCUCUGUGUACCCUCAGACACUCAGCCGAUGACCUCCUGUGGGUCCCAAGUCAGGGGUGAGGGGGGCCUGGAGGGUUGCCACAGCUGCCGGUGUGAGUGGGGGAAGCACUUCCUUUUCCUGAACUCUGGGAUCCUAGAGGAGGAAGCCAGGGAGUUGGGCGGGGGCCCAGCAGAGGAUGUUGUGACAGUGGUGGGGCUGACACUCCCAGAAGCACUGGGCCUUCCUUAGGGAGGAGCCAGGGGUGCCAGAGGCCUGGCAUGAGGAGCUUGGAAGAGAGGUAUUUGGGGAAGUGAGACCUGGGGUGGAGAAGGGGCUGAGGAGUGAGUCAAGGCAGGCCCCAUCUGGGCCCCGUGUGCUGGGGAGGCAGCCCUCUCCUGGCCACAGUUCUCCCUGGGUUCCGGAAGGAGCCCUUCCCUGCUGCUGGCCUCGCUUACUUGUCCCUAUUUGUCACUGCUCCCCGCCCCCCCACCUCCGUCUGGUCCCAGCUCCUUCCCCCAAAGGCAGCAGAGAAGAGAAGAUGGGUCUGGGAGAGGGCUGUGAGACACGGGGGCAGCACCAGGCUGCAUCUCAGCUGGCCGCAGAGCUCCUCAGGCCAGGACAAGGGGUAUUAGGGACAAGCUCUGGGCCACCCUCUCCACCGUUGCUCGUUGCUCCUGCUCUCCCAGGAGGCCCAGGACGGGCCGUGGCCCAGGCCCUUGCCAUGGAGUCCAUGUUUGAGGAUGACAUCAGCAUCCUGACCCAGGAGGCCCUGGGGCCCAGUGAGGUGUGGCUGGAUGCCCCUGGAGACCCCUCGCUGGGGGGGGACAUGUGCUCCGCCUCCCACUUUGCCCUGAUCACGGCCUACGGAGACAUCAAAGAGCGGCUGGGGGGCCUGGAGAGGGAGAAUGCCACCCUCCGCCGCCGCCUCAAAGUCUACGAGAUUAAGUACCCACUGAUCAAUGACUUUGGAGAGGAGCACGGCUUCUCUUUGUAUGAAAUCAAGGAUGGCUCCCUGCUGGAGGUGGAGAAAGUCAGCCUGCAGCAACGGCUCAACCAGUUCCAGCACGAGUUGCAGAAGAAUAAGGAGCAGGAAGAACAGCUCGGGGAGAUGAUCCAGGCUUACGAGAAGCUCUGCGUGGAGAAGAGUGACCUGGAGACGGAGCUGGGGGAGAUGCGGGCCCUGGUGGAGACCCACCUGCGGCAGAUCUGUGGUUUGGAGCAGCAGCUGCGGCAGCAACAAGGCCUCCGGGAUGCAGCCUUCCCCAGCCUGAGCCCCCCCACUGCCCCUGCCCUGCCCUGUGCUGAUCUGGACCUGCACUACUUGGCACUGAGAGGCGGAUCUGGCUUGAGUCACGGCUGGCCAGGCCCCACGCCGAGUAUGAGCGAGCUGGAGCGGCGGCAGCUAGAAGAGGCUCUGGAGGCUGCCCAGGGAGAGGCCCGGGGGGCUCAGCUUCGGGAGGAGCAGCUCCAGGCCGAGUGUGAGCGGCUGCAGGGGGAGCUGAAGCAGCUGCAGGAGACCCGGGCCCAGGAUCUGGCCUCCAACCAGUCAGAGCGUGACAUGGCGUGGGUGAAAAGAGUUGGGGAUGAUCAGGUGAAUUUGGCGCUGGCUUACACGGAGCUGACAGAGGAGCUGGGCCGGCUUCGGGAGCUGAGUUCCCUGCAGGGGAGGAUCUUGAGGACGUUGCUGCAGGAGCAGGCUCGGAGUGGCGGCCAGAGGCACUCGCCGCUGUCGCAGCGCCACUCCCCGGCCCCCCAGUGCCCCUCGCACUCCCCGCCGGCCCGAGCGGCGCCCCCUUGCCCCCCGUGCCAGUCCCCUGUCCCCCAGCGCCGCUCUCCCGGGCCCCCCUGCCCUUCGCCCCAGCAGCGCCGCUCGCCGGCCUCGCCCUCCUGCCCGUCGCCCGUCCCGCAGCGCCGCUCGCCGGUGCCGCCGCCGCCGCCGUGCCAGUCCCCCAGCCCGCAGUGCCGCUCCCCAGGGCCUCCCGCCUGCCCGGCCCCGCAGCCCCGGCCCCCACCACCCCCGCCGCCCGGGGAGGGGACACUGGCCGAGCGAGCCUACGCCAAGCCGCCCAGCCACCACGUGAAGGCCGGCUUCCAGGGCCGGCGCAGCUACUCGGAGAUGGCGGAGGGCGCGGGCUACACGGGCGCCUCCCCGCCCUGGCUGCAGGCCGAGGCGGCCACGCUGCCCAAGCCGCGGGCCUACGGCAGCGAGCUCUACGUCCCCGGCCGGCCCCUCAGCCCACGGCACGCCUUCGAGGGCAUCCGCCUGCGCUUCGAGAAGCAGCCGUCGGAGGAGGAGGAGUGGGCCGUGCCCGCCAGCCCGCCCAGCCCGGAGGCUGGCGCCAUCCGCUGCGCCUCGUUCUGCGCUGGCUUCCCCAUCCCGGAGUCGCCCGCCGCCACCGCCUACACCCACGCCGAGCACGCGCAGUCCUGGCCGUCCAUCAACCUGCUGAUGGAGACAGUGGGCUCUGAUAUCCGCAGCUGCCCCCUCUGCCAACUGGGUUUCCCUGUUGGGUACCCCGAUGAUGCCCUCAUCAAACACAUUGACUCUCACUUGGAGAACAGCAAGAUCUAGGGUGCCUCCCCCACCCGCUGGCUGUUUCUCCACCUUCUCCCAUCACCCCCAAACACUCACUCACUUUGAAUGCUGCAUGAAUCUCGUAGGGGGCCGCUGCCCCUUGCGACCCCCAGAUACCUCCACUAGCUACCGAGUCAACGUGUGUGCCAUCUUCCCUGGUCCAGGCACCACUCAGCCCUGGCUUUUCCCGGGAGGUCAGCUGGGGCUCUCCCCAGCUCCCUGGCUUCUGCUGGGGAGGUGGGGAUCAGGGCUGGGGUGGGAAGGGGCAUAUCCCACCCAGCCUCUCCCUCUGCCUUUCUGUUUUCAAACGGUUGGAUCCAAGAAGGUGUCUAGUGCUUGGGCCUGGGGGAGGGGAGGGUAUCAGAAGACUUCAGGAGCUCCCCUAGCACCUCCCCAGAUGUCCAUCUUUCUCAGGCUGUGCUCUGUCCAGGGAAUGCCUCCCUGUGGGGUCUCAGAGCCUUCCCUGCACACUGACGCCAGUUCCUCCAUCCCACGGCCAGGUCGGGACUCGCCGUUCCCUGCAGGCCAACCCUGUUCUCCCCCUCUGCCCUCCCUGGGGAAUAGGGAGGGUGGGAGAGAAGAGGGAGGAUCCUGGAGGACUGGGAGCAUCCAGCCUAAAGAGGCUGCCCUGAGGCGCCAUGACCCUCAGGCUAGGGAACUAUCUGUGCCAGCCUCCCAGGCCCAUGCCCUCCUCCUGGAGCCCCCGGCACCAAGGCACAGAUUGUUAAGGCAGAUGCUUCCCUCCACCCUGACCCCACUCAAGCCCCGACACCACAGGUGCCCUGGAGCCCGGGUGUGACUCAGCCUCUGUUAGCUGGGUGGGUGUCAUCAGCCCCACCUCCCAGUCCAGAACCUGAGGAUGGGCCCAGGGUGCUGUGGAGAUCAACUUCAAAAGAGCUAACCCCCUUCCCACACCCCAGUGACCCACAUUCCCUCUGUGAAAUCUACCUCAGAGUCGAACCCUCAGAAGGACGGGUAAGCAGGAGGCCAGGGGGUCCCCAGGGCUGAGGUGUGGAGCUUGCUAUGGCAAGAGCCUGCCGCCCCACGAUGAGUCCGCCUCCCUUCACUGCAAGCCUCUCCCGGGUCCCAGCCCGGUGCGGGCAGUGGACGCCACUGUCAGUGCAUGUACCAUUCUGAUCCAACUCUUCCAGGUCCCCCACCUCCUCACACCCCUCCCCUCCUCCUCAGUGCAGGGGAGUGAGGGGGUGUGUGGGGCAGGGCAGGGGCUGAGGACUCCAGAGACACAUGGCCUUGUACUUUGAGUGUUCCCCCAGGGAGGGGAAAUGGGGAAGGGGGACUGGAGAGGGGAGUGGGGCCCCUGAGCUCUCUGAACAAGUUGAAAGUCCAAAUAAAACUUACCUGUUCCA